AUGCAAAGAAAACGGAGAAAUGAAAAUCGUAAUAAAGUUGAUUGGACCGUGAAUUUUGCGUUUAUUCAAAACUUGAAUGGACUUCCGACAUGUCUUAUUAGUAAGGAGAAAUUCACGCAUAACAAGAAGUCAAAUUUAGAGAGACACUUUACAAGAAAGUACGCAUCAUUUAGCACUAAAUAUCCUACCGGUGAUGCUAGGAAGAAAGCAGUUGAGGAACUUCAGAAGAGUCAAGAGGCGUAA